UAUAAUUCUUUUGGGUUCCGUAUCGAUGCAUUGAUUGUACGGAAUAGCCCCAUCGGUCUAUGAUUUACCGCUGAACGAGUCAUAACCCUCCCGGUAUUCAAUAUUUAGAGACUUUUUGAAGUAACGCUCAACGCGGGAUCAUGCUCUGGGCGGCAAUCGUUGCACGCUCAUGUAGUGUCGGGAGGUGAUCCGAAGGCGUCUGUUAACCUUUGUGAGAAUUUUAAGCAUCGCCCCUACUUACUACUAUAUAGGUCUCGAAGCUGUUAGCAGCUGCUCUUCGUAUUUAUCCAUGUCUAGUCAGACGCUCCAUACCGCUUUCGAAGAUUAUAUUCUCCGUUUUAGGACGCACAAACCGACGUUGUCUCCUUCGAAUCCUGGAGACAUUCGUUCACACUUUCAGGGUACCAACGCGGCGAGUACUAUAAUCGAUCCCAUGGAGUCCUUUUUACGCGUUAUUGAAGCUACCGGGAGGGCAUCUGCUUUGUCGGAGAUUCCAAUGAUAUGGGGUUGUAUCAAGCAUAUCUUGACGGACAUUAUUCAUGAGCCCUCAUUGUUUACGCCUGUAUCCAGUGCACUUGAACAUAUGUUACGUCGACUUUACUUCUACGACGACUAUCCAUCGCAUACACCACAGGACAUGGGAUUCCACAUAGCUGACGUCUACGGCGCCGUACUAGGAUUGUUAUACAAGAUCCAAAAGUCCUUCGGUAAUCGUGGGAAAGUUGCUGCUUUCGUCAAAGUGACGAUUUCUCGUCAUUCCGUUGGUUCGGAACUGCAAAAGGCCGUCAACGAGUUCGACAGUGCUCAAGAUAGGCUCGAAAUAGCGCUGCGUGUGCAGUGCGAUUCCUCAUCUGAAACCAGUGACGAGUGGGUCAGGUCGGAGAUACAGAAGAUACGGAAGGACGGAACUUGGCCAAGAAGAGGAGAGCGAAGAAAGACGUGUUUGAUGAGUGGCUUUCAGGUAAUGCCGGCGUCGGGAUCUAUGGCGUAUUGAUGAUGUUGCAUUACCAGUUGGAUCUUCUUUUCGGUCUAUGUACCCAUUAAUAACAUUCAAGGAUCGAUCCUCAUUUACAUUCGCACUCGUUUCGUCAUGCCUGUUAAUCUGCAUGCAGGAACAAUGGAAAGUUUUUAAAAAUGUAGCACCAUA